ACAAUUAGGUAGUGGAUGUAGACAAUUUGAAAAAUAUUUUGUUCGCUUAAAUACUUAAGUACUUUCAUUUGAGAUGCAAAAUAUAUGAAUUAUCACUGUUGCUUGUUUGCCGACAGCCAAAAUGAUGUUAUUAAGCUAUAAUUAUGUUAAUACUUUUAUGCUAGACAUCAUGCUUAAAUUUAAUAACGUAACAUUGUGAAUGAAAUUAUUAAUAUGCAGUUUUUUUUUAUAAACUUUUCUAUAUUGACUCGGGUCUGGGUGUUGUGGUACCUUCGUUACUCAGAUACUCCAUAAUACGGGGGCUUUAGCUACUCAUCUUGGAAUCUGAGCAGUGUAUGUGAUGUUGUUAAAUAUUUAUUUAUUUAUUUACAGAUAAGCCAUGGAAGGUCCAAAUGGACCAACUCCAUGCGAUAGGCUGUGUAGGGCGACCACCAGCGCGGAGGGCAUUGACAGGCUCUCUCUGGACGUCAGCACCGAGAACAACUGUCACUGCAGCAAAACACAACCAGAGGUGAAGGUGCGAAGCAAGAGGUACGGGAGGGGCGCGGUGGAAUCAGGGUUAACGCACGAAUGCGGCGUGUUUGGAGCGAUUGGAACUGGCGAGUGGCCGACACAAGUUGACAUAGGACAAGUGAUAUGCCUGGGCUUGGUGGCGCUACAACACCGGGGACAAGAAUCAGCCGGGAUAGUGACUUCUGAGGGCAAAAGUGCGCGCACUUUCAAUUCACACAAAGGCAUGGGUCUGAUAAACAAUAUAUUUAACGAUGAAGCCAUGAAGAAACUCAAAGGGAACCUUGGCAUUGGACACACAAGAUAUUCGACGUCGGCUGCGUCAGAGGAGGUGAAUUGUCAACCGUUCGUGGUACACACCGCUCAUGGCGCACUUGCAGUAGCACAUAAUGGAGAACUAGUUAAUUGUAGCAGUUUGAGAAAAAUGGUUUUGGGUCGCGGUGUAGGUCUGUCGACGCAUUCUGAUUCGGAACUUAUAACACAAGCUCUCUGCCUCAACCCCCCGGAGGGGGAGACCGAUGGACCCGACUGGCCCGCACGAAUCAACCAUCUUAUGAGGUUGGCGCCGCUGAGUUAUUCGCUAGUGAUAAUGCUGAAGGAUAAGAUCUACGCAGUGCGGGACCCUUACGGCAACAGGCCGCUGUGUUUGGGCAAGAUAUUACCACUAGGCUCUUCCUUCCUAAUGAAUGGUUGCGCGAAAAACGGCGUGGAUGAUAAGGCGGAGGGCUGGGUUGUCUCUUCAGAAUCAUGUGGUUUCCUGUCUAUUGGUGCGCGGUACGUGCGCGAGGUGUUGCCGGGCGAAAUAGUGGAGAUGUCGCGGCGCGGUAUACGCACCGUCGCCGUCGUAGAGAGACCCGCUGGCAAACAGCAGGCGUUCUGCAUCUUCGAAUACGUGUACUUCGCUAGAGCCGACAGCAUGUUCGAGGGACAGAUGGUGUACUCAGCGCGCAUGCAGUGCGGGCGCAUGUUGGCGCGCGAGUCGCCCGUGGACGCGGACAUCGUGUCCUCCGUGCCCGAGUCCGGCACCGCCGCCGCGCACGGGUACGCGAGACAGUCGGGAAUCCCGUUCAUGGAAGUGUUAUGUAAGAACCGAUACGUGGGUAGAACCUUCAUCCAGCCGUCCACACGAUUGAGGCAGCUCGGAGUGGCGAAAAAGUUCGGCGCUCUCUCCGAAAACGUCAGAGGAAAACGUAUAGUGCUCAUAGACGAUUCAAUAGUCAGAGGAAAUACUAUAGGACCGAUUAUAAAGCUGCUGAGAGACGCAGGAGCAGCUGAGGUGCACAUUCGUAUAGCGUCGCCCCCCCUCAAGUACCCUUGCUACAUGGGCAUCAACAUUCCCACACGCGAGGAGCUCAUAGCCAAUAAGAUGGACUCUUACAAACUCGCCGAGCACGUCGGCGCCGACAGUCUCGAGUAUUUGAGCGUGGAAGGUUUAGUGAGCGCGGUACAUUACAACAUGCGAGUGGCGCCCUCCGACGAUCUCGGCGGUCAUUGUACCGCGUGCCUCACUGGAGACUACCCCGGCGGACUGCCCGACGACGCCGACUGGUGA